AUGAUAUCAUGCUUAGAUUGCGAUGAAAGUUACGUAGGGAAAACCAUAAGGCAGGCUUCGAGACGACAUCAGGAACAUGGUGCACCACAACAACCUAAACCAUCGUCUACACCCCAAUUAGCCACUCCAGCAAUAGAUAAUCAACAGCUAAGACGAUCUGAUCGACUUCGAGCUAAACCAAAAGUAAAUUAUCUUCUUGAUGAAAAAGUCUCCGAUGAUGAAUCUCCAAUUAUAAAUGAACAACAACUAAUGAAAUCAGCCCUUUAUAAACAUCAUAUUAAAACAAAUCACACAAUCAAUUGGAAAGAUUGGAAAAUCAUUUCAAAGGAUUGUAAAAAAUAUCGAUUAUUAGUUCGUGAAUCAUUACAAAUUCUUCACAAAAAACCUAGUUUAAAUCGAACUACUUGUUCUGUCCCUUUAAUAGUUUACCCUGAAGGUUUACAAGUAUCCAAACCAACAGUCAAAAUUAAAUCAGUGACAUUUGAUGGACCACGAGCCGGGACGAAUAGUUAA